AUGGAGCACGACGAGCUGACCCCCUAUUUCUGGACCAGCACCAAGUGGCCGGCCACGGAGCUGGACUACGCCAUUUACCUGGCCAAGAAGAACAUCCGCAAGCAGGGCGACCUGAUCGAGCACGAGAAGGACAACUACAACCUCCUGCACAAGCGGAUCAACCACACGUGGGACUUUGUGGUGAUGCAGGCGCGGGAGCAGCUCCGGGAUGCAGCACCUGCGGGGGCUGGCGGGGCAAUCGACUGCCAGGAGCAGGCGUACUGGCUCGUCAACCGGCCCCCGGUGAGGAUGGGCUGGGCCACCGCUCCUGGCAGGUACAUCAAGUUCAAUGAGCAGUACGUGCCCCACGACCCCAUCAUGUCCGGCUGCCUGCCCAGCAACCCCUGGAUCACAGAUGACACCACGUACUGGGCCAUGAACGCCCCCACGGUGCCGACCCCCACGAAGCUGCGCGUGGAGCGUUGGGGCUUCAACUUCAGUGAGCUCCUCACCGACCCCCUGGGCCGGGCACAGCUCCUCGACUUCCUCAAGAAGGAGUUCAGCGCUGAGAACCUGAGCUUCUGGGAGGCAUGUGAGGAGCUGCGCUACGGGGAGCAGUCACGCAUCACUGAGAUCGUGGACUCCAUAUACCAGCAGUUCCUGGCCCCCGGAGCCACGCGUUGGGUGAACAUCGACAGCAAGACCAUGGAGCGGACGUUGGAGGGCAUCAAGACACCCCACCGCUAUGUGAUGGACGAUGCCCAGAUGCACAUCUACAUGCUGAUGAAGAAGGACUCCUACCCGCGGUUCCUCAAGUCGGAGCUCUACAGGAACCUCCUGGCCGAGGCCAUCAUCCCCCCGGAGACCAAGAAGCGGUGA